CCCGGCUUCACCGUUGAGCGUCAGUGCCAUGACAACAGGACGAUGGCUGCAAGCAAGCGGGUGACAAAUGUGAUGUUUGCGUGACCGAGGAGAACCGAACCUUCGACUUUUACGGACUGGCUUGUUUUUGUAGAGAGGCAGCAUGUCUCUGUUCAAGGCCCGUGAUUGGUGGUCAGCAGCGCUUGGUGAAGGGGAGGAGUUUGAUCAGGGAUGUCUCUGUGUUGGGGACGUGGACAACAGUGGCACUGGACAUGAUAAGAUAGUGGUGGGCAGCUACAUGGGGAUGCUGCGAAUCUUCUCCCCACAUGCCAAUAAGUCCAGCGAAACGGGUAUAGCUGAUGCUCAGCUCCUAGAAGUCCAGCUUCAAAAUGCAAUCAUCCAGGUUGAAGUGGGAAAGUUUGUCUCGUGUUCAGAACUUCUUCACUUGGCUGUUCUUCAUCCCAGGAAACUGUCAGUCUACUCUGUUUCAGGAACUGCAGGGAACGUGGAGCACGGUGACCAAUACCAGAUGAAGUUGGUUUAUGAGCAUAACCUCCAAAGAACGGCCUGCAAUAUGACGUAUGGCACUUUUGGAGGAGUCACAGGUCACCAUUCCCUGUGUAUCCAAUCUAUGGAUGGCAUGCUGAUGUUCUUUGAACAGGACAGCUACUCCUUUGGCAGGUUCCUCCCUGGUUUUCUGCUGCCGGGGCCACUGGCCUACAACUCCAGAACAGACAGCUUCCUCACCGUGUCCUCUGCACGCCAGCUCGAAAGCUACAAGUAUGAGACUCUGGCCGUGGCUACAGAGGCAGAGAGUCGACAGGAUCCCGACUUACCGCUCAAGACUGGAGGCAAGAGGCUGAUGCCUGACUGGACGUUUGUCCUGGGAGAACAGGCCCUGGACCUCUGUGUACCUUCCUUCUCCCACUCUUCCUCGUCCAUCUUCAUACUGGGUGAGAGGAACCUCUACUGUCUCCGGGACAAUGGACAGAUUCGCUUCAUGAAGAAACUGGAGUUCAACCCCAGCUGCUUCCUGCCAUAUGCCUCAGUGACAGAUGGCACCACAAACCUGUUGCUAGGUAACCACACCAACAUGCUGCUGGUUUACCAGGAUGUGACUUUGAAGUGGGCAGCCCAGCUCUCCUUUGUGCCUGUGGCUGUUCGUGUUGCCAACUUCCCGGAGCUGAAGGGAGCCGUGGUCACUCUGACUGCAGAUGGUCAUCUCCUCUGCUCAUACAUGGGCACAGAUCCGUCAUUCUUUUCAACUCCAAAGGUGGAUGCAAGGGAGGCCGACUAUGAGCAGGUGGAUGCUGAGAUGAAGAAACUGCAGAAGUUCAUCAGAGAGGCCACCAGGACUCAGGACAUCCUGCCCAAAACUGACGCUGAGGAGGACCUGUCUGUUGCAACUACUGUGUCCUCCAGCAUAGACAGUCCAUCGCAAGCCCUGAUCCAAGAUAUCGACGGUCUGCCUGUCCCUUCAGUGACCAUACAGGUGACAGUGAAGGCCAGUUGUGUUGUCCAGUCCUCUAAGUUGACCAUCGGAGUCCAGCCUCCUCUCGCCGUCACUCAGGACCAGUUCGUCCUGGAGCCCAUGGGUGUCGGCUCAUCCACAGUUGUAGCGUUUUCGGCAUUCCUCAAUGGCCGAUACCCUCCUGCUGACCUGACCGGUGACAUCACUGUGUCCUACAGCUCACCGACAGAGCUUAAUCCCAAAGGCGUUCCCAGGGUUCUCCAGUCCAGGUUCAGUCUUCCUCUGGCGUUGGUGUGUGUACCUUCCUCUCCAGCCAAAACCACCAACUUUAAGAUCACCGUGGACACCAACCAGCCACCAGUUGACCUCAGCUCCAUCUUCCGAGAGUUUUCAGCAAAAUCAGAAGAUAAGGAUGGGAAUAGUUUGGCUUUCCAGUUUCUGUCGGGAGCCAAGGUUACUGUGUUGGCCUCCAAGACCUCCCAGCGUUACCGUAUUCAGAGUGACAGUUUUGAGGACAUGUGGUUGGUGGUGAAGGAGCUGGUUCAGAGGUUUGACCAACACUUUUCUAAAAUGGGAGUCAAGGACUUCAAGAAAAGCUUCAGUGGACCGCUGCCACUGCAGGAGUACUUUCUGUCUGUGGAUCAUCACUUCCAGCUGCGUGUCAGUGCCCAGCAAUAUCAGGACCUGCUGUCAGAGCGAGCAGUCCAGUUCAGAGCCAUCCAACGCCGCCUGCUGACGCGAUUCAAAGACAAAACCCCGGCACCCCUGCAGAACCUGGACACACUCCUGGAUGCCACUUACAGCCAGGUGAUGGCGCUGGCCGAGGCUGCAGAGGAGAACCGGGCACUGCUGGAGGAGGCGUUUGUCCGUCUGCGGAGCGCCACUCACCUGCUUGUGCUGCUGCUGUCGCUGUGGCAGGGCCUGACCCCCGAUCAGACCGCCAUCCUGGAGGCCACGCUGCUGCCGCUGCUGCAAGACACGCCACAGCUGGGCUGGGAGGAGAGCUGCGACGCCGCCGUCUCACACCUCCUACGAAGUUGCUUGUCACGGAGCCCCAAGGACCAGGCCACAUCUCUGGCUCAGACGGGAGGCCCAGUGCUGGGUCUUCCUCGUGACACUGCCCGCCUCAAGAAGCACAUCACCUUGCUUUGCGAUCGCAUCAGCAAAGGAGGCCGACUCACCCUGGCCUCUGAGGCUAAUGUCCAGGUCCCUGCCCAGGUCCAGAAUCUUGCUGCUCCCGGGGGUGUUGAGCCUAUUGCAGAGGUGACUGGUGAUGGGGAGGACAUGGAAUUUCAACAGGAGGUGAUCAAAUACAUCAAGAAGAAACAGCCGUCUAAGAAAGUCAAGAAGGAAAAGAAAGAGUCGUCCAGGGAGCCCUCAGAAGCGACUGUAAAAGAAGAAGGAGGUGGUGAGGAGCCCGUCAAGGAGGCGAAAAAGGAGAAGAAGGAGUCUUCCAAGGAGAAAAAGGAGUCAAAGAAGGACUCAAGCAAAGAGGCCAAAGAGCCCAAAGAGGAGGCAAAGAAGGAGUCCAAGAAGGAAUCCUCUUCCUCCAAGGAGAAGAAGGAGAAAAAGGAGAAGGACAAAGAGAAGGAAGGGAAGGAGGCCAGCAAGGAGUCAGGGGACAAGAAAGUGUCGAGAAAGUCGUCUGUAAAAGUGAAAGAGAAGAAGAAGGAGCCAGAAGCUGCAGAGGGCUAACAGGAGCAGUGCAAUAAGCUCAUGUGAUAUGCAUACAGACACAUAGAUAAACAAAACAAGAUACAUGUCCAAACAUCACAUACAUAUGCACAUCCAGGGACUCAAACAUAUAAAUAC